UCUGACAUUUCUUUUGUGCUUCACCUAAGAAAAAGUCAUGCAGGUUUAGGGGGAAAAAAACAAAACAGUGAGGAAACGAUGGCAUAAUUCUCAGGUUUGGGUGAACUAUCCCUUUACGUUGCUAGUAAAAUGACACAUAAGUUACAGUCAGCGGUUGUGUAGAGCCGGACUCGGUGAAUAAGAGUCUAUGAAGGGGUGACGUCACAGGUGGAGAUGUCAUGGCGUCGUCGGAGCUGAGACUGGAGCUUGCCAUCUAGUUAAAGGUUGUCGUCGAUGCGCUCAGCGAAAUGGAGAAGAAUGCAAACCCUUAUCGAGACGCGGGAGGAAGUGUCCUGUGCACCGCUAUCCCCGCAGAACCCAUGGAUAUCAAAACAGUGGGCGGAAUGAAAGAUGUCUGCGAGAAGAGAGAGACUUUGAGUACUUGUGCAAGUGCUAGCGGUGCUAAUGCUACACCCUGCACACAGACAUCAGAUGCUGCUGAGACAGUAAGCAAGAGCGUUUUACCAGAGGCUCUGUCUGCAGCGGAUCAGCUGAGCAACGGGAUGGGACACGAACCGCCGUCGACCGCUGCGGGGAAUAAUGAGGGUGACACCUCAAAGUUACUCAACAACCCCACGGGAGAGCAACCCGACAUCAGUAACGUGCGCGCGGACGGUUUGGAUGGAGGGAUGCAAGAAGCGGCGAGGUUGGCCAAGUCUGCCUGUUUGAGCUCGGAAAAAGCAAAACCCGCGAGCUCGAAUUCAAACGAUCACACCGUUUCCGAGGGUCCUGCGAGUGGGAGUGAGCCCAGCAUCGCAGGGGAGUCCCGAAGCUUUGAUUCACUGGAGUCUUUCUCUAACCUCAACUCCUGCCCGAGCUCAGACCUCAUCAGCGAGGGACUGGAGGAAAAGGGACUGAAUUUGGCGAUUCAGAGUGAAUACGGGGCUGAGGGAACAAAAAUCUCCUGUCCUAAAGACAGGGUGGCCGGUCAGUCGUUGUACCACAUCAAGUGGAUAAAGUGGAAGGAGGAGAACACGCCUAUCAUCACACAGAACGAGAACGGCCCGUGUCCGCUGCUGGCUAUUAUGAAUGUCCUGCUAUUGUCAUGGAAGGUCAAGCUGCCACCAAUGAUGGAGAUAAUAACAGCAGAGCAGCUGAUGGAAUAUCUAGGAGACUAUAUCCUUGAAGCCAAGCCAAAAGAGAUCUCGGAGGCUCAGCGGCUGAACUACGAACAGAAUAUGAGUGAUGCUAUGGCAGUGCUGCAUAAACUGCAGACGGGUCUGGAUGUAAACGUGAAGUUCACAGGGGUGCGGGUGUUCGAGUACACACCCGAAUGCAUCGUCUUUGACCUGCUGGACAUCCCACUCUACCACGGAUGGCUGGUUGACCCACAGACGGCUGAUAUAGUUAAGGCAGUGGGGAACUGCAGCUAUAACCAGUUGGUGGAGAAGAUAAUCAGCUGUAAGCAGUCAGACAACAGCGAGCUGGCCGGGGAAGGUUUUGUGGCAGAGCAGUUCCUAUACAGCACAGCGACUCAGUUAACAUACCACGGCCUGUGCGAACUCACCUCUACCGUACAAGAGGGAGAACUGUGUGUCUUCUUCAGGAACAAUCACUUCAGCACCAUGACCAAAUUUAAGGCCCAGCUGUACCUGCUGGUGACGGAUCAGGGGUUUCUCACUGAGGAGAAGGUGGUUUGGGAAAGUCUGCAUAAUGUCGACGGAGAUGGAAACUUCUGCGACUCAGAGUUCCAUCUGAGGCCGCCCUCUGACCCGGAAACUGUGUACCGUGGUCAGCAAGACCAGAUCGACCAGGACUACCUGAUGGCGCUGUCCCUGCAGCAGGAACAGCAGGCCUCAGACCUGGGUUGGGAACAGAUCCCAGAAGGCAUCAGUGAUCUAGAGCUGGCCAAGAAGCUGCAGGAGGAGGAGGACCGCAGAGCAUCCCAGUUCUAUCAGGAGCAGGAGCAGGAGCAGGCAGCGGCUGCAGCAGCUGCGCAGGCACAGCGGGUGCCGACCAGGUGGAUAGAGCAGCAGCCGCUGGAGCCUCAGCAGGGGGAGCCACGGCUUCUCCAAGCCCAGGCAAGCAGCCCUCAACGGGGGAACGCAAACCCAAGAAAGAAGCCAAGGACAAAGACAAAUGCAUCUUGUUGUAACAGCAGUGGGCUCUGUGUGAUGUGCGAAAAGGGCAGCAGUUUAAUUCCAGUGGCUCUGCAAUGCAUCUCCCAGAUGGGAAUGGGGGUGGAGAAAGAAUAGGCCACAGAGAGGACUUGCCAUUCUCAAGCCACUUGUGCCUGACUUAAACCCUCGGAGUUCUGAACAUGCAGACAAGAAGAGAGGGGUGUCACUACAAGGACUAUCACUACAUCUUUCGUAGAGCUGGCCAAAUGUUCUCAGCAGGAAACCCACUGCAGUGCACUAUAUUGGUGUGGGUCACCAGGGAGGGAGGGUUUUUGUAGUAAAACAAGGUAGUCUACACAUAGCACUAGGCAAAAAGGUACCCCCUCCCUCAAAAACAACAACACCUAAACGACAAAAACCGGCAAAAAAAAAAAAGCUGAUGGCACCACUUUUUUCAUUAUACAAAGCAUUUUCUUUUUUGUGUUGAUUUCCGUUAUUGCUGUUGUUUAUAAGCUAUUUUAUACCAGUUUACCCGUAUAUAUACAUAUGUAGAUUUGUUGUAUUGGUCAGUUUCUGUUGAUUGACUGAAGGAUAUCUGAGAUCUUUUAAUGAAAGGCCGUUCACAUGAGCAGGUAGUAAGCCAACAGGUCACUUGGCGAAGGUCAUGUCUCAGGACAUGAUGUAGGCCACCGUAGUUCUUUGCCUGGCAGUUUGACGCCAAAUUUUGCAUCGUUCAUAUUGUAGAAGUAACUUCCUUUUUAGAGAGUGAGCUCUUGACAAAUGCAUUCAAAAAGGGUUUUCUUUAUUAGGUAGUUGAAAAACCAGUUGGUUAUAUAGCUGCGUCUACAAAAGAAUGAUUUUUGCCAGUUGGACAAUAACUGUUAAUAUCAGUGAGCAACUGACACUACCAUUAAUGUAAAUAGCUUUUAAAUAUCAAAAUCAGUAGGUUAUAUAAAAAUACAUGUCCAAGUUUUUACUUAGCCCAAUCCCUUUUACAUAUCAGCCAAAUGGCUGGUUCAUAUUUGCCUUAUAAGAUAAAUAUGAGUAGGAAGAGUAGGAUUAUUGUCCAUGGAAUUAGGCAUUGCUCAAUGAACUAGAUGGUAUUGCUCCAAAAACCGAAUGGUUCUUGUAAAGAAAUCUCAUCUUUGCUUUCCUCCAGCUAGUGGUCAAACAAUAUUGGCUUUACAAAUGGCCGAUGUCAGUACUGAAAUAAGGAGAGCAGGUUGGCUGAUUUCUGAUAGAAAUAAGAGGAGAUUUAACACUUCUGUUAAUCGGCCCAAAGGCGAUAGUCUGAAAAUGGCUGAACAUUGGCCAAAGCUAACCGAUAUAUCGGUCUAUCACUAGGCCUAGCUAUUAAUUUGACACUCUUUCAUGUAUAUUGUAAAUACUCAUUUACACUAUAUGGAUGUAAGGUAGGGAAGGAUUACACAGCCCAUUUCUGUUCCAGUGCUGCCUCCUGAGAGACAAGGUCUUUUCUAUCCAAACAUUCCAGCUAUAUGCCUUGAACUGAGCAUUGUUCUGAGCUUUACACUCAGAGAAGCGUUAACGUUGUUCUGCUCUCGCAAUGCAAGAAUGAACAAGUCCUGCAUGUAGAAGAGCCUCAUGAUAGUGUAGUCAAUCGAACAGACCGUUUGAUUACUCUGUGGUUAGAUAGGAGCACAGUAGGGCUGGAGCUGUUCACUUGACGUUUGGUCCCCCAGUGGCCAAUACUCUGUAUAUAAAAAGCCUUACAAUAUUUAAAGUAUCUUUUAUACCGACAAAAGCAGGUGAGAGACGAGACUGAGACAAUCUGUAGACCUUACCACAGACAGAAAACCGCACAGGCCUUCACAGAAGGAACAUACCCAUGAGUGUCUUGCAAACAGUUUGACGUGUGUUAGCUUAUUUGGUAACGGACAUAGAUUCAAACUAUGUGAAAUGUGUAACGUGAGGUUUUAUUUGAAAAAGUCUCCUUUGCUAAGGGCUUGUUCACACCGAAAUUGUUGAAAAAGUCAGUUGCGACACUACAGUACUAUAGAGUUUCAUACAACAGACAAUAAUGCUGUUUGUUAUAAGCGCGAAGUAGUUAUGUAUUAAACGCUCAAGAUUUUUAACGUUUUAGACAUUUUUCUGCUAAAAAAAAAACAAAAAGAAAACUUCUGAAAUUCAAUUUUUUUUUCUCUGUGGCGUACGCAAUGUCAUAGAAUAUGGAAAGCUUAUUAAAACCGUAGUCCUUGAAAAGAACAGCCCUAUAAACUUUAUAGUUGUAACUACUAUUUAAACCCCAAAUUGGGCUUUUAGGAGAAAUCGUAUUUUUAUUAUUUUUUUGUUCAAGUUGUUACCUGAGAUUAAUUGGUUGGCAUACUAAUAGUGUUUUGGCCAGAAAGUGCACAAUAGCAUAUGUUAGUCUGUAUUUGUCAUGUUUUUAUCGUUCCCUAGAAGGUACACGUCUAGGGUUAUGGUUAGGUUAGACAUUCACUAUGGUUUUACACUACACAAACAAGAUUUACAUUCAUCUAUCAGUGAGCCUCUUUCACCUUUUCGACUGGUGUCAUGGUAGGAAGCACAAGCUAGUCACUAUAGAGUUGGGAGAGAAAUGUCUUAAAGGGUUUAUACUGGGGUUGGUGCGGUGAAAUGGGAUGAUAUUAAAUAAAUCAUGUUUUCAUCAAACUUGGGAGAGCAAAUGUCUCAUUGUGUAAACAAGCUGACACUUAGGUUGUAAUUCAAACCCUUCCUCAACUGUUACUCUUGCAGGUCAGGUUAAAUUUGGACAUUCCAAGGUGCUUUUGAUCAGUGGCAUGUCUGGUUAAGGACUAUUUGCAACAGACUUCAGCGCACACAAUAUAUACCCAUUGUGCAUUAGAUUGUGUCAUUUGUAUUGAUUGACAAUAAAUUUAUCCUUCUGUAAUGUGCUUCAGCUAUAACCAUUUGCUUAUCAACUAAUCUUGUUAUUUGCAGAUGUGUAUGUCGUCACAAGGACAUACAUGUUAGUGGGAUACAUACUGAAAUGUCAUAUUUAUAGAAAGGGGGGAAAAGUGGAGUUUGUGGGUGCGAUCUCCAUAAAGCAGAAAGCCCAUAUCAAAGAGAAAAUAGAUGGAAAAUGGCUUCAAACUGUUUAAUAUAUUUAGCUAAAGCUAAUUUUGACCUCCAAAUAAUAUUAGUAAAUAUAACAAGGCCUUGUCUGCUUAGUUGGCUGUUGGUGUGCAGCACCCAUUAAAGCUCCAUUAUAGGUCCUAGACCAUUUUAGUUCUUUAUGCACUGUUAAAUGCACUAGAUGAGAAAUAUACCUCUUUUUAUACAAAAUUAGGAUCACUAGUUUGUUUGGUUACAGCCGAAUCUGAUUAAUAACACUCAAUAAGUAUCAUUUUUUGCAAUAAGGCUUGUACUUAUGGAGCUUAAAGAAUUGAACGUAACAACGUAACUUUCUAAUGGUUCAGGUUCAUCAUAAAUGCUGUCAUUUACAUUUUCUUCCUUGCCAUUCCAAGAUAGGAAAUGUUUGCAAGACGUCUCAUGAAUAUAAUUUGAUGUUUUUAUAUCUUAGUGCCAUCAAGCAAAAUGUGAAUGAAAGCAACUAAUGAUGAGAGUUUUUGAGUGAGUUGAUCCAUGUUGACGGGGCAUUACCAUAGGUGAUUUAAAACCAAUGACCAGAGAGGGUAAUUGUCUUCUGAAUGCCACACAUUACACAUGGCACACGUGCUUUCUGCCAAUGAUGGGAAAUGGAAAGUUUUCUCCUGGUGCAUUUGUCUUGUUAAUAGUACCGGGUCAGUCCAUAAUGGAAAUGCAGUUGUGAUGCAUGUUUAACAACUGAUUACAACAUGUGCUUCGAAAUCAUUUUAAAAAACAGUCCCAUUACCAUUUCAAUUUUAUAUCCUUUAUACGUGUAUAUUUACACAAAACAUUUUAACUUAGCAAAAAGAAAAAGGACAAAAAACUAUAAAUAAAAUCAGGAUAUUAUAAGGGUCAACCUUCCAUUGUGUAAGGUUCAUUAAUGACCAAAAACAUGUAGCCCAGUGUCAACAAGUAAAUGGACAACUUUUCUGUAACAAAUGCCUUAGACGAGGGACAAUGCGUCUGAUUAAAGGAAAUCUGGUCUGU